ACCUUAAUUAUAUCUCUCCCUUAUCACUCUCUCCAUACCUGCCUCGUAUCCAACACUCUUCCCUUCUUCCUCCUACUCCCCUAUAUAUUCCCUCCCCCCUUCAUCCACUAACACCAUGUGUUUUAUUUGCUACUUCCCAACCCAAACCCUUUAAUUCUUUCUUUCUUUCCUCUUUUGCUUCCUUCUUCUUCUAUAUAUAUUACUAAUACAACUUAUCAUACACAUAUAUACCUGUCAUAAUAGCAGCACUAGGCUACCUUAGCCCGCACUUUGAGAAAAUAUAUACAUAUAUAGACAAGUACACCAAGCUCUAGCUAGCUAGGGACAUGUCUAGCCGAAGAUCCAGGCAACACUCAGGGUCUACAAGGAUCUCCGAUGACCAAAUCAUCGAGCUUGUUUCCAAAUUGCGUCAACUCGUUCCUGAGAUUCGCAGUAGGAGAUCUGACAAGGUUUCAGCGUCCAAGGUCCUACAAGAGACCUGCAACUACAUCAGAAGCUUGCACAGAGAGGUGAAUGACCUGAGUGAGCGUCUGGCUCAGUUGUUGACCACAAUUGAUGCAGAUAGUGCUGAGGCUGGAAUCAUUAGGAGCCUACUUAAUCAAUAAAUAAGUGAGUGUUAUGAACAUUUUUUUUUAUUCAAAGAGUGUUUUAAGAGAGAGUGUACUUCAUUCUAGGGUGUGCUGAAAGAGCCUGAUGAGUGUGAGAGUGCAGUUUGAGGCUGUACCUUUCCAUAUGGCAGGUAGGGCAUUUGAUAUAACUAGUUGUUUUUUUUUCCAAUAAUUUUUAAGUGCUUGUACAAGCUACAUAUAUAUGUAUGUGCCUCUUUUUAUGGAUGGCCAAAAUGUAGCACUUGUUAAAUUUAUUACUAGUUAUGUACUUUAGUUGGAAGUUGGAAGUCAAAGUUGUAAGAGAUGAUGCAUAUAUUUGAUGCAGAAUAUCUAUAUGAU